GACCAUGAACAGGUCGACCAUGAAUUGAUUGGAUGAAUGGGGGUCGUCGCAUCGCAACCAAUGAACAGACUGAAUAUGUGAUUCAUCAUUCGAACAUUCAAAACAAAACAAAACAAAACAAACCUGAAAAAAGCUGACUUGUUUUUUUGUAAAAGUUUAUGUCAUCAACAACAACAAAUUUUUAGAUCAUCAUUUAGAAAUAUUUACGAUUCUGUGAUAAAAUGACACCGAACAACAAUAAGAAACGAUUAUGGUUGGCCUAUUUAUUCCUAUUAUUUGGUGGUUUUUUUGGCUUACAUCAAUUCUAUCUUGGUCGUUAUAGACAUGGAUUUGCAUUGUGUGCAUCAUUUGGCGGUUAUUUUGGUGUUGGUCUUAUACGAGAAUUUUGGCGUCUACCUGAAUAUGUGGCCGAAGUUAAUGGUGAUCAUGAUUAUAUGGUCAAAUUGAUUGAAAAGAUGAGACAAAAAUCUAAACCAUCAUUCGGAAUUGUUAGAUAUUUUGCCAGUAUUGUUGUUGCCGAUAUACUUGGCUAUUUGGUCAUGGGUGCCAUACCACAUGAAUGGUUCAGUGUGGAUGAUACCAGUGAUAAUAUAAUAUCUCGAUUAUUGAAUUCUAUUCUGGUACCGGUUGCUAUUGCUAUCGGUGUACAUACCGUUGGUAAUAUUGGUCAUUAUUGUGGACCGAUUCGAUGGCCAUUAAUAGCUGCCUAUAUGACUGCACCGCUAUAUUUUUUUAAUUUAAAUCCAGUAUUCAUUACCUCAUUAUUGGCUACAUUAGCAUUCACUCGAUAUUCACUGCAAUGGCGUCGUACGCCUCAAAAAUCAAUUAGUAAAUGGCUGGUUACACUAGCCAUGUUUGCCUAUCUCAUGUUAUGGAUAUCAUGGUUUUAUUUCAAUUGUACGGUUACCGAUAAAAAUGACGAAAUCAUUAAAUGUCGUGUGGCUGUAGGCAAUUUUUUCAAUAGUCCAGCAUGGUUAGAAUUUCGUAUGGUUCUACGUAAUCUUUGGGAUUUCAUUCAAAUUAAAGGUAUUAGUGGAUUAUGGAAUGAAAUUGUUGAAGCACUUGAUCCACAAGGUGAAAAAAAUGCAUUAAGAAUACUUGGUCUUAAUGAAUCAUCUACACAGGAUGAUAUAACAGCUAUGUAUAGGAAAUUAGCACGUCAAUGGCAUCCAGAUAAAAAUCGUAUUGGUGAUGAACGAUUGGCACAAGAAAAAUUUAUGGCCAUACAGCAAGCUUAUGAUCUACUAUCAAGUAUGCGACAGAAAAGAUUAAGAAAACAAUCAAGCUGAUCAAAGAAAAAAAAUCAUGGACAAAUCAACAACAAUUUUGUAUAGAAUUUUAAUUCAUUUUAAAUUUUAUAAAU